AUGCCUAAGGACAUGUGUAUGAUAUUUAAAAAUGCUAAUAAUCUUUUUAAUAAUGAAAAAAUUGACUUGGCUACAAUAAAUUUGAAAGAUGGACCUUAUAUUCGGUAUUGUCCUUAUCAUAGAAGCUCAGGAAAAUAUGAAUGUAAGAACAUUUAUGAUGGCCUUAACGCUCUGUGUAUGCAUUUAUUUACUGAAUUAUACAAAAUUCCUGAGAACACAAUGAAAUUUAAAAGUAACAAUAGGCAAUAUGUUGGAUACAUUAUGAUGUGGCUAUGUUAUAGAUUACUUCAGGUAAAAGAUUAUAAUGACUCAACUUUACUUCAGUUUUAUGAAAACUAUUUAACGAACGCAUUUAUAAAUUAUGAACAUUCUGAAAGAAUACAUAAAAACAGGUAUUUGAAGGAUUCCAACAUUGAAUAUAUGAGUCGAUUAUAUAAUUUAUUUAAUGAAAUAUGUAAUAUCACUUUGAAAUAUUCAAAAAAUCCUUCCGACAUCGAUCAAAUUAUUGUCGGCUCUAAAAAAAUUUAUAAUAUGCAUAAAGAUCUUUAUAAUGAUCUUUACGAAUGUGAUUCAUACGUUUAUUUAUUAAAUACUUUAAAAACAGAAUAUCAAAAAUUAAGAAGAAAUAUUAUUAAGAAUAAACGAGCUGCUUUUAUUAGUGGUAAACCAUUUGCUACCCCUAGAGAUCUUAUGGCUACAAGGAAAUUAGAAAAAAAAGUUGUAACUGGAUUUAAUUGCGAUGAAUGCAUAAGAGUAAAUUCAAAUGUUAAGAAAAAAUCCCACAGUCCUGCAGAACCAUUACCAAAAGGACCGCCACAGGCAUCACGCUCAGAACCCAACAUGCCAUUGCCACAGGCAUCACGCUCAGAACACAAAAUACCAUCGCCACAGGCAAAAACUCCAGAAAAAUCAAAAGAUAAUAAACCCGAAACACCAUUACCACCAUUGCCACCACGACCAGAAGCACGAAGAGCACCACAACCACCACAACCACCACCACGACCACCACACCCACCACCACAACCACCACCACGACCAGCACCACAACCAGUAUCACAACCAGUAUCAAAACCAGUAUCAAAACCAGUAUCACACACUUCACCACCUUCACAAGACAAUACUGAAUCACAAAAAACUAAAACAGGAGGAUCAAAUCAUAAAAUUGGACCAGUUCCUAAAAUUGAACCAAAUGCUUUAGAUAAUACUAAAAGAAAUACAGGGGGUCCAAGUGUUGAUAAAGGAGGUCCAAGUGUUGAUAAAGAAGGUCCACGUGUUGAUAAAGAAGGUUCACGUGUUGAUAAAGAAGGUUCACGUGUUGAUAAAGAAGGUUCACGUGUUGAUAACAGAAUUCCAAGUGGUGAUAAAGGAAGUCCAACUAGUAGAAACGGAAGUCCUGGUGGUAUAUCAAGUGAUAAGGGUUCAGGGAAUGGAACUGAAAAACCACCAAGCAUAACUUCCAAUAAAACUGAUACAUCAGGAAGUAAACGUAUUAUACCAGACAUUACUAAAAACAACGAAGACCCUAAAGGGGGUGAACAAAAAAGUCUAGGGAGUGACAUAGGAAAUAAAAAGAGUCUCUUAACCAAUCCAAACGAUUUAAGUGAUUCAAAUAAGCAUCUCUCAACUCCAGGUACCAAUCAAGGAGAUUCAAAUGAUGGAUUGGUUAGUGGGCCAAAAGGUUCAAAUGUUGGGGGAGGAGACAAAGAUAACAGGUCAUUAAAUACAGGUAGUGGACAAAAUGGACAAGAUGGACAAAAUAGGCAAGAUGGACAAAAUAGACAAGAUGGACGAAGUGGACAAGAUAAAUCAGGAGAUGGACCAAUUGGUGAUCAAAAAAGUCAAGAAGGAUCAGGAGGUUCAGGCAGUAGUACAGAGCCUUCUAAUGAUGUUCAAGGAGGUCAAGGUGGAUCAAAAGAUGGUCACAGAAGUCAAGAAGGAUCAAGAGGUCCAGGUAGUGAGACAGGACCUGUUAUUGAUCUCCAAAGAGGUCAAGAUGGACCAAAAACUGAUCAAGAUGGACCAAAAGGUGGUCAAAGUGUACCAACAGGUGGUCAAAGUGUACCAACAGGCGGUCAAAGUGGACCAACAGAUGGUCAAGGUGGACCAACAGAUGGUCAAGGAGGAUCAGAAGGAUCAAAGAAUUUGGGAGGUGGGCCAAGUAGUGAGCCAGGUAAAUUAGGUAAUGAACCAGAUGGUUCAGGUAGUGAUAAAGAUCCUUCAGAUAAAGAUCCCUCAGAUAAAGGUCCCUCAGAUAAAGGUCCCUCAGAUAAUGGUCCAGAAACAAAAGAAUCUCAAAAUACAUCAGAGAAACCUCUUGAAAAUGGAUCAUUCUCUUUGAAUAUCAUAUUCAACGGCAUGGAAAAAAUAAAUAACACUUUCAAGUUUUAUGAAACAUAUAAGGAAAAAAUUACAAAUAUUUCUAAUGACAUCCAUAAUGUAUAUAAUACAACUUUAGAUAAUAUAAAAACUGGUUUUGAUAAAUCUAUUAAUUAUUUUAGUGAAAUUAUUGAGAAUAUAAAUAUCGAUUCUAAAAAAGUAGAAAAUUCUGAUAAUUCAGGCGAUAAAAAACCUGGAUCAGACGAUAAAAAACCUGGACCAGACGGCACAGGGGACAAAUCGCCUACAUCUGAUGAUCCACCAACGCCUCAAGGAGGUCCAAAUCAAGAAGGUCCAAAUCAAGAAGGUCCAAAUCAAGAAGGUCCAAAUCAAGGAGGUCCAAAUCAAGGAGGUCCAACUCAAGGAGGUCCAACUCAAGGAAAUACGCCUCAACAAGAUUUGCACCAAACAAAUCAACAUCAAGGAAGUCUACCUAAAGAAGGUUCACAUCAAGGAAGUUCGCCUAAAGAAGGUCCACCUAAAGAAGGCCCACCUAAAGAAGAUCCGCCUAAAAAAGAUCCACUUCAAAAAGAUUCACUUCAAAAAGAUUCACUUCAAAAAGAUUCACUUCAAACUUCACCACCAGAAAGUUCUAAUGAACUAACUAAAACACAGAAACUGUCUCAGGGACCAUCUGAAAACAAUCACAGAGAACCUCAACAACCAGCUCCAGUUUCAGUUCCAGCUUCAGUUCCAGCUCCAGUUCCAGUUCCAGUGAUUAAACCAAGAAAUCCAGUAGCCGAAAUAAAAGGAAAUGGAACAACCGGAAUAGAUAUUAAUGUACUCAAAAAAUACAAACCAAUUGGAAUUUCAAUUCUAGUUCUUUUAAUUCCCAUUACUUUAUUAAUUGUGUACAAGUAUUUUUCAUCUGGAUGGAAAAAGAAAUUGAAGAGAAAACAAAACAUGAAAAAAGUUAUAAACUUGAUUGGUGUAAAUAAAACUACAAAAACAGUUAUAAACUCAAUUAAUGGAAACAAACAUGUGGAAAUAAUUAUAAAUUCAUCUACUCCAAAAAAAGAGACUAAAAAAUUUAAAAAAUCUAUAAAUUCCGUUUAUAAGGAAAAAUCUCCAUUAUUAAAUAUAUACAAACUUGUGCGCGCUGAUCCUGCACCAUUUAUUAAUUUAUUUUUUUUGUUAAUUUUUUUUGUUUAUAAAAGAAAAAAAGAUUCUUUGGAAUGA